AACUGAGCUCGGCGCCGGGAGAGGAUUAAGUUUGAUCACUAUGAUCAUCUUAUCCACAGAGGAUGCAGGGCUUCAUUUUUGUUCCUAAAAACAGGGGUACCAUAGAUAUGUAAAUAUGUGUCCUAAUGCCUCCUGAACUUGCCCUCAUCCUUGCCCUCAAACCUUUACCUCACCAAUGCUUUCAGAACCUAGAGAGACUUCAUCUCACUACAAGUCCCUGUCCUUAGCCUUAUGUUUCUUAUUCUUUCCUUUCUAGCACCCAGGAAGGCAGGGGGCUCCCUUUAUCCAAGGAGGUGACUGUGCAGGUGGCCACCACAGGUGGCAAGAACCACAGGCUGGGGCACUCCGGAGUCAGGAGUGAGUGGGCAGGUUGACUGGCCUCAGGCAGCCUCUCAGCCAGGGCCCUCUCCGCGUCAGCAUGAACUCCAGGACCGCAUCUGCUAGGGGCUGGUUCAGCAGCCGCCCACCCACCUCUGAGUCUGACCUGGAACCUGCCACAGAUGGGCCAGCCUCCGAGACCACUACCCUCAGCCCAGAGGCCACCACCUUUAAUGACACCAGAAUCCCUGAUGCGGCUGGUGGCACGGCCGGCGUGGGUACCAUGCUUCUGUCCUUUGGGAUCAUCACGGUGAUAGGCCUGGCUGUGGCCAUGGUUUUGUACAUCAGGAAGAAGAAGAGGCUGGAGAAGCUACGCCACCAGCUCAUGCCCAUGUACAACUUCGACCCCAUGGAAGAACAAGAUGAGUUGGAGCAGGAGCUGCUGGAACAUGGGCGGGACGCCGCCUCUGUGCAGGCUGCCACUUCUGUGCAGGCCAUGCAGGGCAAGACUACUCUGCCCUCCCAGGGCCCACUGCAGAGGCCCAGCCGGCUGGUGUUUACCGAUGUGGCCAAUGCCAUCCAUGCGUGAGUGGCCUGGGACAAGCCUGAACUUCUGAUAGAGACCCGCCAUGGUGCCCACAGAGCUCCCCACUCCCUGAUUGUCAAGACCUACUCUGAGGACCUGCCCUGCCAAGACACGAGAGGGCCCUGCCAGGCCCCAGCUGUUCUCCAGACCCACCUGCUGACUCUAGGCUCUAAGAGAGGGCCCUGGCUGGGCUGGACUUCUGACCACUGACUUCUCCUGAUCUGAGGGCCCUGGCACAAAGGGCAUCCCUCAUGCUGAGAAGGUCAAGAGCCUCUGCUGGCUUCCUCAUCCCCUGUCCAGAUCACUCACAUUAGGGUCUGCCCUGCUAACGUGGAGGAAAUCGGGGGAGAUACGGAGUGGGAGGGAUUGGGGGAGGAAAGGGGAGGUUUCCCUCUGUUAGGGAAAGACCUGUUUUUUGGAAUCUGGAGCCUCCUCUGGGAUGGGUAGAGGAAACCACCCAAGUUAUAGGGACAGGGUAGGGCAGCACCUGUUAUGGGCCCUGAGAAGCCCAGAGAUGGAGCUGAAACUGCCCAGUAUGCAAGGAUGCCAGGAGAAGGACAGUUUAUACCCAGGGUCCAUCCAUACUACAGAGGGUCCAGGAGGUCUCCCAGCCACCCAUCCUUGGCAACCAGAUGUUACUGGGGCCAAGCUAGGAUGGGAGCUGAGGGGGAAGGAAGUAGGGGAACAGAAGUGGAAGGAUGCAGCCCCCCAGACCUGCCGAGAGGCCUCAUGCAUGUGCAUGAGUGUGCCCACGGGCAGACGUGCCUGUCCCAGCACAGAGGGCAGGAUGAGAUUGUCCACAUUGGCCCCACCCUCCAAGUCGACCUGUACCCCAUGGUAUGUAGCGGAGCAUCAGGGUAGGCUAUCUUCUCUGCCUUCAGUCUUCAGGGACUGCCGGGAAGAGGGAAGCAUGCACGGCAGGGUUUCUCUCUCCACCGCAUUGCUUCACUGGGCUCACCUGCUUCUGAAAACGGCUCCCUGUCUUGGGCUCUACUGAGGAUCUGGGGUUGGGAGAGGCUGUUGGUCUGAAGGCAGUAAUCACAGGCUGCAGGCUAGAGGGGGCAAUUAUGACUGCCUGAAAUUAAGUGAGGGAUUGCACCUCAGAAAAAGAUCUAAAAAACCUAGUCUAUGAAUUUCCCACCUCCAUCCCAUCUAUGGGAAGAGCCAUUCAGUGUUUAGGGAGUGGGGAGAUGGGUCUCUGCACUUGGCCUCUCCAUAAGCCUUGGAGGGUCAGGGCUGAUGCCAAGGGUCCUGGCAAGGCAUUGGGCAGAGACAGACCCGAAGAGCGGAGCAUCUUUUUACGCUGGCCAUACGUAUACACACAAGCGUGCACAGAGGCAUGUCCCGUGCCCAGCCUCUCCACCAUCACUGUCCGCCGCUGGUUGGAGGGGCUGCAGGGGUAGUGUGUGCAGACCUUCUAUUGGGCAAAUGCCACGUGUCAGGAGGGAAGGGCCUAGGAAGCCCCCAUGAAGAAGGUUCUGGAUUUAUUCCCUCCUCUAAAUGCUAUAAAUAUGUUAGCACUUGGGCCGACUGGAGGCUGCCAGGAAUUCAGGAUGCAUACAGCUGUAAUUUAACCCAGAGCAGCUCCAUGUGAGAGCAUUAAAGAUGUAAUGAAGAUGUUUA